CUGCGCAUGUGUGAAGCAUUGUGUUGACCCGGAAGUGAAAGAGGAGUGAACAUGUGGAGCUGAACAGCUGAAGCUCUCAGUCACAUCUCGGUGGUUUAAAUCAGGUUUUAACAUCAUGAAGAUCAAUGAGAACACUUUAUUGGAGGGAACCAGAGUCGUGUUGGUUCCUUACAAUGCAGAGCACGUGCCCAGGUAUCACGAGUGGAUGAAGUCUCCUGAGCUGCAGCUGCUGACCGCCUCAGAGCCGCUGACCCUGGAACAGGAGUACGAGAUGCAGAAGAGCUGGAGGGAAGAUGAUGACAAGUGCACGUUCAUCAUCUUGGACAAGCAGCGAUGGGCGGACGGCAGUGUAGAAGAGGAGCAGUGCAUGGUGGGAGAUGUCAACUUGUUCCUGACUGACCCCUCAGACCCGUCCCUGGCUGAGCUGGAGGUCAUGAUAGCAGAGCCCAGUCACAGAGGCAAGGGCAUCGGGAAAGAGGUGACACGCAUGAUGAUGAGCUACGGAGUCACCAAACUCGGGGUCAAACAGUUUGAAACGAAGAUUGGGCUGGACAACAAGGCCAGCAUCGCCAUGUUCAAGAAACUCCACUUCAAGGAGGUGUCGGUGUGUAAGGUGUUCAAAGAGGUGACUCUCGAGAUGACGGUUGACGAGUCCGUUCGGACGAGGCUGCAGGACGACACGGCCGACAUGAAGGAGAGAGACUACAGACACACCUGCAGCAACAGACAGGAACUGGUUUCACAGUGACGUGCUGAGCUGCAUCCUGAAGACUUCCAGCUGUGAAGGAGAUCAUUCUGCAGGGAAAAUCUGAGAUGGAAACUGGUGUGUGCUUUAACCUUUUUAGAUAUUUACACACCUGCAGAGGUGGGAGGUUCAUUUACUCAAGUAGCUUUGAGGUUACAGGUUGUUACAGGUUAUGUAAACAUUUACAUUUUGGGAUGUAUUGUACUUUUCCACCGCUACAUUUCAGAGGGAACUAUUGUACUUUUUACGUUAAUAUUAGGACUGUCAAUCGAUUAAAAUAUUUAAUCGAGAUUAAUCACAUUUUUUUUAUCUAUUAAAAAUGUACCUUAAAGGGA